UUGUGGUAUUCAACGGAACACCACAAAAGAAUAACUCAUAUCUUAUAUAUAAUAAAUUGAAAUCAUUAAAAAUAAGAACACACAGUAUAUACCAAAUUAAAUACAUACUAGACCAAGAGAAUCAGAACAAAGAGGCAGACAGAAAGAGAUAGAUAGAGAGAGAAGAAAUAGCGAGACACAGUAUUUAAAAUGUGCACUAUAUAAGAAUAAUGAGAUCAUAUGAAGAUCGACAAAAAGAAAUGACAGAUACUGCUUACCAAGGGACAUGCAUCACUCCAACGGAUCAGGCGUAGCCAGCAUGCUGAUACAAGAAAAUCACCCGCAGUAAAAUAUUUUUCUUGCUAGAACCAAGGAAGUGCCUGAUUGUGGUUCCCAGUUCCUGAUUGUGGUUCCCAAGUUCUCGAUUGUUCUUUUCUUACUUCGAUUUGUUUCGACCAGGAGAAAAUGAACUCCACUGUCUUAAUUUACUUCGACCAAAGAACCGUUCCAUUGUUUCACUUCUGUCAUAAAACAGUGCCGAUAGCCAAUAGGUGGAUAUUUGUUUUAGUCGUUUUCUAAAGGAGUAUUUUAUAGGAAUAUUGUACUUAAAAAAAUGUAUGACUAAAACCACAGUGACUUCCCUUGACAAGAUGAAUACAACAAUGUAUAUUCUGUAUGAGACCCUCAAUGUAAGUCAGACGCUAGUAACCAGUCUGGUGGUCAGCACUGAUGCCAGUGUGAUAGAAAUGACCAAACAGUUAGACCGGAAUGGAACGAGAGUCCACAUGUCAUUACUGGACAUCGCUUACGUCACAGUCACACUGCUAGUGUCCAUUAUGUCCAUCCUUGGAUGCUUUGUGAUUUUGAUUGUCCAUUGGUUGUGUCCGGAUCUCAGGACGUCCGGGAGGAACAUGCUGGUCCAUCUGACGAUAGCUGACCUACUUACUGCCAUUGGAAAUGUCUUCGGCGUCACCUGGUAUUUGACUAUAGAGUCCUUAGACUACACCAUGGUCUACUGUUACUUUCACAGUGCACUGACCAUUAUGUCCAGCAUUGCUUCUUUCUUAUGGACGGUGGUCAUUGCUUGGUUCGUAUUCUGGAUUUUGAUCAGCAUGCAACUCUCCUUUUCCAAAAGACAAAAAGGGUAUACUAUUCUACUUCCUAUUGUCUGCUGGGGAGUGCCAGCCGUCAUAGCUUUGAGUGCAGUGGGUCUCAAUGUUCUGGGCUAUGACCACAAUCUUUCCCAAGCCAGUUGGUGCUGGAUAAAUCCAGAGAAUGAGCACGCUCUGAUGUGGAUGUUUAUCUCGGGCAAAGCCUGGGAGCUUGGCACCUGUAUCUCCACCUUUUGUUUGUAUGGUGCCGUCAAGAUUUUAUUGUUUCAACAGGCCAAGAAACGUUCAACUUUGACCUCCAGGACCGACAGACGUACGGAGAAAGCAAACAUUAAACUGACUUUUGUUCCUAUUGUGUUCCUCGUCAUCAGAAUUUGGGGAACAAUACGCUUUCUCAUUGGCUGUUACGCACACGAGUUUGCCAGCUCCUCUGCUGCUGAUUGGAUAACUAUAUUGCAGGGUGCAGGAGACAGUGCUCAAGGCUUCGCCAAUUUCGUCAUGUACAUUUUUACCACCAAGAAAAUUCGACAUCGUAUCUUUUACUUCUGCUCCGGCACUAACAGAGAUUUAGUAGCAACUGGUAAAAGUCAGUAUAAAAGAAGUUGCAAAGCAGAAGGAGGUCAACAUGGAGUUCAUUGCAUAGCCAAAUCAUUUGACGAGUGAAACCCAGGAAACGUUUGAAACAUAGUUUUUGUUUCACAAAGAGUUAUAACUUUGGUGCUCUUGAAAUAGUCGUCUGCUAAAACGAGACCAAUGGACGUCUGCUAAAACAAGAAAGCUAGUGUAACCUUCUUUGUAAAUGCACUGUCAUGUGUUUGUUUUUUUAAAUAUACUCUUUAAAUUUAUGCAUCAUGUAAAAUGUGGACUUGUCUAAACAUGUCAAGUCUGGACAAGAAAUAGUUCAAGGCAAAAGACGUCUGCAAUGUUGAGAUAGCACGCCUUGAAGCAUUUGGUCAAAUGAGAAGCCAAAAAACUUUUGUAAUAGUAAUCAGCAGUCUUAAACGUCACUCUAGAGUUCAGAUGUCAGGACGAGUGAGGCCCGAGGUUUCCAGCUCCCGUGGCCUCAUCGUAGCGCCUAAGUGGAAUCCUCUAGAAGUGGAAACUUGACAGGCCAAUAACUUGUAGCGAACAAGGCCUUCGUCGGAUUACCAUGUCGAAGCUUUUUUUUUUUUUUAAAUCUAACUUGGAUGGAACAUAUGCCACUAAGUCCGCCUCGCCGUUCGGAUAGGGAACGUCAUUAUCACUUGGCAGCUAGAUUGGCGGUCCUUCCACGGCGUUGUGACGGAUACAAUGUAGGAACAUGAAGUGGUUAGCAUGGUCCCUGACUGCUUAUGGCCCGAAACGGGGACCGUGCGAUGCGUACAUGCCACGCCACAGCAGCUUUAUAAAAUGUUCGUUGCUCGUGGAACUUUCUGACAGGACUGAAGAGCGUCCGGUCUACGUCUGUGAUCUACGUCUGUUUGCUGUAUAAAAUCCUUUCCAAAGGUCAUUGAACUAUGACUGACGAGAGAUUUAGGUCACUUUGAUGACAUCUGUGGUCUUAAUGUUGAAACUUAGCCCUUGAGGUUUAAAAUGGAGUGAUCCUGAUGAGAACUGGUUCUGUGUUUAUUGAAGUAAAAAGACACAUGGUCUAACACCUGCAGCUAAGUGUUCACGUAUCUCAGAGCUUUUGUAGUGCUCAAAUGUUGGUGUUUUUUUUAAACAUUCUGCUAUAUACAAAACAUAGAUAAGGACAAAUUCUGGCCUAAUUAUGUCCCUUGUAAAUAAAAGCGAGUCGCACUAUUCUUUCAGUUUUGUAACAUUCCCCACACAUACAUCUCACAACGCUCUCUGCUCCCAGUGUCGUCCAGUAAGCUCUCUCUAACCCUUUCCUCUAAUGCUAUAGAAGUUAGAUUCCUAUAGCUCGCAUUCCUAUAAGAGAAAAUAAUAUCUACAGCCAAAUGAAGAGUUCAGAUCAAACCUGAUACAGAAAACCGGAAACCAGGCAGUUGGAAAGAACAUAUUAGCAUUAUUUUCUCUGUCAUAUAUUUUACCGAAAAUGUAUGCAUUGAACAUUUUUUUGUUUUGUUACAGAAGUAAGUGUAGGUUAAAAAAAUAAUGAAAAUGUAACAGAAUAUCAAAUGUAAAAUUAAACAAAAGUGAAACAAAUUAGGAUUACAAUUAAAUGACUUCAAAUGUGUUGAAAUUAACUUUUCACAUGUAAAUAAUGAGCGAGUCUGGUGUGAAUGUACAUUUUGUUUUUUUUAUAGUUAUAAUAUUUUGUUUGGUGUAAUGCACAAAUUGUAAAACAAAUUUCCUUACGGACAAUAAAGAUUUUUAUUAUUAUUGGACUCAACGAUAUUUUUACUAUGGCUGCCUGUAGCAAACAGCACACAAUAUAUAGGUAUGUGAGCAGGGAGCCCCUACAUCAAUUCUCCGAAUUUACUUUCGUAACUUCAAUUUGGGAAUUUAAAGGCACCAGGCAAUUCUUCAAUAAAUCUUGAGCUGAACAAUAAAUAACAUA